AUGGCUUCACUUGAACCUUACACACCCGUUAUCGUGGCGCUGGCAGGCGUGGCCUCCCAUCUAUUCUUCUUCAAGAUUGGCGAGCGUGAUAUAUAUCCUCUGAGAUACCUGCAAGCUUUCCUCCUAGCAUGUGCUGUAAGCACCAUUGUCAAAUCUUCUUACGGCAAUCUUCCCACGAAAGAAGCUUUGGGAUUCACCGCGAAAUAUGCAGGUCUCUACCUUGCUGGCCUUUAUGGCAGUUUAAUUACCUACCGACUCUUCUUCAACCCGUUGAACAAGAUUCCUGGCCCGUACUGGGCACGACUCUCCAAGUUCAAUUUCACCUUCCGCGUUGCAGCAAAGUUGGAUAGUUGCCAUGUUCUCCUUGACCUCCAUCAACGCUAUGGCAAGUUCGUACGCAUCGGCCCUUACGACAUCUCCGUUACCCACCCCGACGGCGUUGAAGUCGUCGCAGGCAUCAAAUCCAAAUGCACCAAAGCCCAAUGGUAUUCUCAGGACGUGCCCUUGGUCAGCAUGCAUACAUGUCGAGACCGUGCCCAGCAUGAUCGGCGCCGGCGGAUAUGGUCGCCAGCUUUCAGUGACAAAGCUCUUCGAGGCUAUGAGAAUCGCAUCGAGAAGUACAAUGAUCUCUUAAUACAGAAGCUAGACGAGUCGAAUGGUAAAUCAGUCAAUAUGUCAACAUGGUUCAAUCUUUACAGCUUCGAUGUCAUGGGUGACUUGGCCUUUGGCAAAUCCUACAACAUGCUGGAGUCUGGUGAGCUUCACUGGGCCAUCAAACUGCUAAACGGCGGUAUGGAUCCCAUAGGAUUCGGUCUUCCGGUCUGGUUCUUCCGCGUAGUCACUGCCAUCCCUGGCCUGGCCGCUGAUUAUUGGAGGUUCAUCAACUAUUGUUGCGAAGCGUUGGAUGAGCGUAUCAAAGUGCAGGGAAAGAUGAAGGAUCCGGAUAUCACCCAUACUCUGAUCGAGCAUUUCCAGCAAGGUGAUGAUACUGCGAAACGUACCUUGAUGCCAAUGUUGCAAGGUGACUCAAGACUCAUCAUUGUAGCAGGUAGUGACACAACUGCAGCUACUCUGGUCCAUUUGUUUUACCACUUAUCAACCCAGAAGGAUCUCAUUCACCGUCUCCGUGAGGAGUUAGACGGCCUUGUGAAGAAAGGGGAGAAGAUCGAGCAUGUCAAGAUUCAGGAUGCACCUUUGCUGAAUGGUGCCAUCAACGAGACGCUGAGACUCAACCCUCCAGUACCCAGUGGUGUUUUUCGCAAGACACCAAAAGAAGGCGUCAUGAUCGGAAAUCAAUACAUACCUGGAAAUGUCUGCAUCCAGAUGCCGGGCUAUGUUAUGGCACGAGAUUCGGACAAUUAUCCUUCGCCUUACGAAUUCAUUCCUGAGCGAUUCAGCUCACGACCAGAGCUCGUACUCCAUAAAGACGCCUGGGGCCCAUUCGGUACCGGUCCUUAUGGCUGCAUUGGUAAAAACCUCGCAUACUUGGAAAUACGCCUUCUCACCGCCAAUCUGAUUCGUAAAUUCGACGUCAGCUUGGCCCCAGGAGAAGAUGGAACGAAGCUGCUGAAAGAGACUAAGGACCACUUUACCCUAGGUCUCGGGGAUAUCAACAUGAAAUUCACCAAGCGGACUGGGAAAUAG